AUGAAGGAGUGGCUUAUUUGGGUAGUAGAGGUGUUUAUAUGGUGGGGACAGCUAUGGUUCUGCGGUGAUAUUGAUCGCAACUAUUUUGAGAGAAGUGUGGCAGUGAAGACAAAGUACGAUGGGGUUAGGCGACGUGAGUAUUUUGUGCCAUUGAAGCUGGCCACGAAUAGUUAUGACGACAUGGCUGUUUUCACCGAACUAGAGUAUUCUCCCAAAAGGGAGAACGCAACGUUGUUGAUGCUUGUUAGAAAUUGGGAAUUGAGUGGAGCCCUGGCGUCCAUGCGGUCGUUGGAGGAUAGAUUCAACAGGAAGUAUAAUUAUGAUUGGGUCUUCUUGAAUGAUGUGCCGUUUGAUGAGGAUUUCAUGCUGGCAACAUCUGCUAUGGCUAGUGGUAUGACUUACUAUGGUAUGGUGCCGCCCCAUGAAUGGUCUACUCCAACUUGGAUUAAUGAGGACCAGUACGCACAGUGCCUGAGAGACAUGGAAGGCAGCGGUGUCAUAUAUGGUGGUUCAAGAUCAUACAGAAAUAUGUGCAGGUUCUACUCUGGGUUUUUCUACAAGCAGGAUCUUUUGAAAAACUAUGAUUACUACAUGAGAGUAGAACCCAACGUUGAGUAUUUCUGUGACUUCCCAUAUGACCCAUUUAAAGUCAUGCGUGCAAAUAAAUACAAAUAUGGCUUCUUAAUGUCAUUAUAUGAGUACGAAAACACUAUUCCACACUUGUGGCAUGCAGUUGAGGAUUACAUUAACGAAUAUGGUCACAAACUCAAUUUUGAAAACAAUUCCUACAGUUUUUUAGUGGAUAAAGACCAUUUCAGCCCAAAUACCAUGGGUAUCAUAGAGUCACACACCGAUUACAACCUAUGCCAUUUCUGGUCCAAUUUUGAAGUUGGAGAUUUAAGUUUCUUCAGAAGUAAAGAGUACGAAGAGUUCUUCGAUUUCAUGGAUCAAAAGGGAGGAUUUUAUUAUGAAAGAUGGGGUGAUGCACCAAUACAUACAAUUGCUGCAUCUCUACUAUUGAACACUAGUGAAGUGAUACAUUUCGAUGAAUUGGGCUACAGACAUGAACCAUAUCUCUCCUGCCCGAGAUCUCUGGGUAUACAAUUACAACAAAGAUGCCUGUGUGAUGUAAACUCCGAUGUCAAUUUGGACAUUUCAUUGGCAAGUUGUCUACCUAGAUGGUGGAGGAACGGGUCUGGCAAAACGUUUGUUAAACCCAAACAAUUUACAGAUUAA